GGCCAGGGUGCUGGUGUGCGGGCUGAGCUUCGGUGGAGGACCACAUGACGGGGCACAACAAGGAGAAGCGUUAUGAGUGCGACGUGUGUGGCAAGGCCUGGAAGCACGCAUGCAAGCUGGAGACUCACCGGCGGGUGCACACGGGAGAACGCCCCUUCGACUGCUCCGACUGCGGCAAAGGCUUCAAAUUGUCCGCGCACCUGACGAUGCACAGACGCCUGCACACCGGGGAGCGGCCCUACACCUGCAGCGACUGCGGCAAGAGCUUCACCCGCUCCACCAGCCUGCAGAUGCACCAGCGCGCCCACACUGGAGAGCGCCCCUACACCUGCGCCCAGUGCGGCAAGGGGUACACCUACUCCGCCGGGAUGUUGGAGCACCAGCGCAUCCACACUGGUGAGCGCCCCUACACCUGCACUCAGUGCGGCAAGGGGUACAUCUACUCCGCCGGGAUGUUGGAGCACCAGCGCAUCCACACUGGUGAGCGCCCCUACACCUGCGCCGUGUGCGGCAAGGGCUUCACCCACUCCUUCACCCUGCUGUCCCACCAACGGUUGCACUCCGGCGACCGUCCCGUGGCCAGCGGUAGCCAGCCAUACGACUGCCCGUACUGCGGGCUUCACCCACCGUGA